AUGGAGGUGGAGGAGGAGGAAAGACGCUCUCCACACGAUCAUGUGGAUCCGUGUGUUCCCGAGAGCUUCUUUGAUCGCGUAACGCAAGGGUUACGCGACGAUCUUGAACGUGAGCGGAAUAGGCGUCUCCAAAUGGCGGACACUGCCUUGAAGCAUCGAGCUGAGUUUGCCUUUGCUCAGCUAGAGAACGAGAGAGCUCUGACAUCUCUUCGUGACGAGCUAAGGGUAGCUCGUGGGAUUGUUGAUCGGUCUCGGGAUCAGAUAGCUGCUCUUCAGACCCUUGUUGAUGCCCACCAUCGGGAGCACAAGGCUCUCUGCAAGAUGCUUGAGCGCAAGGGCGUUCUUCAUCGGAAGAAGCAGCGUACUGAUGGUACGGCUUAA